AUGUCGUCGAUUCCUAGUCUGCGCGUCUUGUUGGUGGGAAACGGUGGUCGCGAGCAUGCCCUUGCAUGGAAGCUCGUCCAGUCACCGCACGUAGAGCACAUCUACGUCGUGCCCGGUAAUGGCGGUACCGCAGGUAUCCCGAACAAGGUCACCAACGUCACCAAUCUCAAGGCCGACGACUUCCCCGCCCUGGUCGACUUUGCUCGCGACCACGACGUCAACUUCCUGGUCCCUGGUCCUGAGGCCCCUCUUGUCGCCGGCAUUGUCGACUUCUUCGCCGAGAAGCUCCCCAAUGUCAAGAGCUUCGGUCCCAACGAGGCUGCUGCCCGUAUGGAAGGCAGCAAGGCCUUCAGCAAGGACUUCAUGAAAGACCACAACAUUCCCACUGCCGCAUACGAGAACUUCAGCGACUACGAGCAAGCAAAGGCAUACCUCGACAGCAUCAAUCACGAUGUUGUCAUCAAGGCCGACGGCCUCGCUGCUGGCAAGGGUGUCAUCAUCCCUCAGACCAAGGAAGAGGCUGUACAGGCCCUCAAGGAUAUCAUGUUGACGCGCGAGUUCGGCUCGGCCGGCGACACGGUUGUCAUCGAAGAGCUGUUGGUCGGCGAAGAGUGCAGCAUCCUGACCUUCAGCGAUGGCUACAACAUUGCUAGUCUGCCUCCUGCCCAGGACCACAAGCGUAUCUUUGACGGCGACAAGGGUCCCAACACUGGCGGUAUGGGCACCUACGCUCCUACAGGUGUCGUCUCUGCUCAGGAGAACGAGGAAAUCCACAAGUCCAUCCUGCAAGCAACCGUCGAUGGCAUGCGCAACUCUGGCAACAUCUUCAUCGGCUGUCUUUUCACCGGCCUCAUGAUGACCAAGGCCGGCCCCAAGGUUCUCGAGUACAACGUCCGCUUCGGUGACCCGGAAACCCAAUCCGUCUUGACUCUGCUCGAGUCUGACCUUGCCGAGCUCAUGUACAGCUGUACCACAAACUCGCUCUCCUCUAUGGGUCCUAUCAAGAUUUCGUCGCGUGCUGCUGCUACUGUCGUUGUCGCUGCUGGUGGCUACCCUGGAUCCUACGCCAAGGGCACCCCCAUGACUUUGACUACUACUCCCGAGGACACUGUCAUCUUCCACGCCGGCACAGACAUCAAGGACGGCCAACUCGUGACAAGUGGUGGUCGUGUCAUCGCUUCAACUGCCACUGGUCCUACUCUCAAAGACGCUGUCGCUCGUGCUUAUGAGGGUGUCCAAACUAUCAAGUUCGAGGGCAUGCAGUUCCGCAAGGACAUUGCCAAGCGUGCUUUGAACUAG